UCAGGUGCCAACCCUAGUAUCUAUUCGAGAUAACAGGGCAGUCAAAUAUCUUGGAUUCCCCUGAAGUGCCCCGCACCGGCUUUUCCCGGGUUACUUGCCCGAUCGCAGCAUGCUUAUUGGACACUAGUCGGAUACUCUAUCUACCUAAGUGCCUAGAGCACGAACAACUAUAUAAUACAAAGGGAAUACAGAUGAGUAUGAGGGGCCACUCUACCCAUCCCGUUUCCUUAGCAUUAUUCGAAUUACCAAGAUAGGAAUCUCCUUACCUACCUAGGUAGGUAUAUCAACCUUUCUACGUCAUGGCUGUUAACCCCGAGACGCACUACUUCGAACAAACGACAUUGGUCCCCAAUAGCAAGUUACCGGUUCUUAUAUACCGGGACGUCUUGCCGCAGCCGUAUAGCGAGGAAAAGACACAGGCGUUCCUUGAGAAGAACCAAUGGCUAAAGGGAGGGACUUGGGGCGCCGUUCCAAGGCACCACUUCCAUCCCAACACACAUGAAUGUUAUGCUGUCUUCCAGGGAUCAUCUACACUUUUACUAGGUGUGGGACCAAACGAAGAUGCGGGUAACGGCGGGGAGGUGUUUGUAAAGGCAGGCGACGUCAUUAUUUUACCUGCUGGCGUCUCUCACUGCUCCAAAGACUUUCAGGACGGGUAUAGAUACGUCGGAGUAUAUCCUAAAGGUGCACCUAAAUGGAAAAGCGAGUAUUGCAGAGAUGGAUCACGAUGUCAAGAGCUCCGAGAAGAAGCUGAGCAUGUAGAAAUACCUGAUUGGGACCCCGUUAGGGGUCGCAUGGGCCCUCUUUAUGAGUUAUGGUCAUCUUAGCUAUUACGCACAAGCCUGACCGAGGAAGAGUAGAAAUUGGAUCAGGUAUAAAUAAUACAAAGUUUCAAGGCUCUAAUAUUGAGUGCCUAUUUUCCAAUCAGCCUCAUCUCAUGAGUCGUAUCCUGAAGAUAUCUAAUCAUGUCGGCGCACCACUUCUGUAUCUCCUCUUGGCUAACAGUCUCAACCUUGCAAAGGCCGGGCCUCCCUUCGGGAUCCGACUCAGCCACAUUUUUAGCGUAUCUCUCCUGCAGUGUU